GGCGCGGGAGGCGGUGGCACCGCGGCCGCAUCGGGCCCGAACCGGGCCGGGCCUGAAGGACGGCGGGCCCGAACCGGCGCCUUUCGGGGCCCGGCCGGGCCGAGCCGGGGGCGCUGCGGGGCUGAGGGGUGGCUCCGGCGCCUGCAGCCGGCCAUGGCGGAACGCGGCUGCUGGAACUGCCUGAGCACCGUGCAGAAAGCCGCCCUGCUCUUUGGAGUCCCGGCCGGUGCCAUCGUGCUCUUCAUCCUGUACCAGCGCUACCGGGAGAGCCGAGAGGUGCAGGUGACGGUGGUGGCGGACGAGGGGCUGGAGGUGGGGGUGCGGGUGCCCCGCAGUGCGCUGAAAUCGCUGAUCGGCCGCCGAGGAGCUACUAUCAACCAGCUGAGGCAAGAGACGGGAGCGCAGAUCGAGGUGGAGGAGGAGGAGGAGAAGGAGGAGGAGGAGGGGAGCCAGUCGCUGGUGCAGAUCUCGGGCUCGCCGGGCCAGGUGUGCCGGGCCAGGGCGGCCGUGCUGAGGAUCGUGGCCGACAGCGCGCCCGUGGCCGAGCAGCUGCGCGUGCCUCAGAGAGCCGUGGGCAGGAUCAUCGGUCGGGGCGGGGAGACCGUGCGGGGUAUCUGCCGGAGCUCGGGAGCGCGCGUGGAGUGCGGCCACGAGCCCGAGGCCAGUCUGGCCCCUCUGCGCCUCAUUCGCCUGCUGGGGACUCGAAAAGAGGUGGAGGCAGCCAAGACGAGUCACGGUGGCCAAGAAUUGUUCUUUAUUGCUGCGCUGGAUCCACAGAAGCUGAUUCUGGAGAAGCUGUCAGAGGACAAAGCGUUCCGCCGAGAGCUGGCGCAGGCGGCAGCCGCUCGCUGCCCUCGGAAGCAGCCCCUGGGCAACCGGCGGGAGGAGCCCCCGGGGCCGAUCCCCCCAGCCCACAGAGCCCCCGCAGCCCCCGCAGCCCCCGCAGCCCCCGAGCGCUGGCAAGAGUGCUGGGACGGGCUUUGGGCGCCGGGAGCCGGUACCGGAGCAGCGGCGGCGGGGAGCGAGGGGCUGCAGCCGAGCCCGCCGCCGGAGGAGCCGCCCGUUCCUAAGUUUGAGGUGCCCAGCCCGGAUUUCAGCUUCCCUGCGGACGAGCACCUGGACGUUUACGUGUCGGCCGCCGAGAGCCCCGGGCACUUCUGGAUCCAACUGCUGGGCACCCGCAGCCUGCAGCUGGACAAGCUGACAGCUGAGAUGGGGCACUUCUACCAGAGCAGCGCCCCCGUCCCUCCCCUCUCCGUGCACCCCGGCUCCAUCGUGGCCGCCCCGUACCUGGACGAUGGCGAGUGGUACCGCGCGCGCGUGCUGGGGGCGCUGGACAGCGGCCACCUGGAGCUCUACUACGUGGACUUUGGGGACAACGGCCAGGCCCCCCCCGAGGCUCUGCGGGCCCUCAGGAGCGACUUCCUGAGCCUGCCCUUCCAGGCCAUCGAGUGCAGCCUGGCCGGGGUUGUCCCCAGCGGGGACAGCUGGCCCGAGGCGGCUCUGGACGAGUUUGACCGCCUGACGCACUGCGCGCAGUGGACGCCGCUGGUGGCCCGGAUCUGCAGCUACAGCCAGGGGGGGCCCUGCCCCCGGCCCAGCGUGCAGCUCUUCACCCAGCGCCACGGACAGAGCCUGGACGUGGGAGCAGAGCUGGUGCGUUUGGGCUACGCGGUGCCCGUGCCCCCCGAGGAGCCCCCGCAGGACAAUCUCGGCUGUGCCUCCAUCCCGAGCCCGGUGGAGCCUGGGACCAUGCAGAGCCCCGGGGACAGCCCCGGGACCCCGUCCUGCCUCAGCCUGCCCGCCGCCGCCGUGCCCGGGGACGCCGUCACGGUCACCUGAAGCUGCCUGUGCCCGGUGACCGGGAGCUGCUCCCGGUGCCACCCUCGAGGUGACCUGGAGAAGCUCCCGGUGACCCAGUGGAGGUGCCCCAAGCUCCCGGUGCCCCCAUCGCGGUGACCCCGAGCAGCUCCCGGUGCCACCAGCACGUGCAGUCCCCUCCGGGAGCCCGCACCGACAAAUCGCGGGGAUCUCCGCUUGUGCCUCUUGUCGGGACACGACAUUUCCGUUACCGGGAGUUCCCGGUUCCCUCGCCUUGUUUUGCGGUUCCGUUGCACUAUUUGUUGUUCUGAGUUAAUAAAGUUGAAGAUUUCUCAGC